AUGUUGGAGAAUGAAAGAAGGAGAGCGAACACAAAAAAAGAACCCAGAGUGGUGCACCGCUUAACCUUCACUUUUGUGCUUCUUGGUGUGAGGCUUCAAAACAAAUGGACAAAGUCUUUUCUCAUCUCUCCAUUGAUUUUCUCAACGCUCACUUCCAUAGGGUUCCUCUUCGAAUUUCCUCUUCAAAGCAAAUGGACAAAGUCUUCGGGCUUCGUGAUCGAGUUUUGGUUUUUGGUCGAAAUUCCGUUAUACCCAUGGGAGUGUUUGGAAGAGGAACUCGUCAAGCUCUGUAAACCCUUUGGGAAGAUCGUUAACACUAAGUGCAAUGUCGGCGCCAAUCGGAACCAAGCUUUUGUUGAAUUUGUAGACUUAAAUCAGGCUAUUUCGAUGGUUUCAUAUUAUGCUUCAUCAAUAGAGCCAGCACAUGUUCGUGGAAAAAAUGUAUAUAUUCAAUAUUCAAACAGACAUGAAAUUGUCAACAACAAGAGUCCUGAAGAUACCCCAGGAAAUGUUUUGCUAGUUACCAUUGAAGGUGUGGAAGCUAAUGAUGUGACCAUUGAGACGAUUCACUUGGUAUUUUCUGCAUUUGGUUUUGUUCACAAAAUUGCUACAUUUGAAAAGGCUGCGGGAUUCCAGGCAUUAAUCCAAUUCACUGAUACUGAAACUGCUUCUUCAGCGAGGAAUGCCUUGGAUGGUAGAAGUAUUCCCAGGUACUUGCUUCCAGAUCAUGUUACUUCUUGUCACCUGCGAAUCUCGUAUUCUGCACACAUUGAUCUGAAUAUCAAGUUUCAGUCUCAUCGGAGCAUGUACAAGUGGAUCCAUGAAAACCAAGUUGUUUUCUCAUUGAAAUUCACUGUUUUGGUCAUGUUUAUUCAUGAAAUUUCAAGUAAUGUGAUUGCUAAGCUAUUAUUGUGGCAUCUGAUACAUUGUUCAUCACUUUCUGUUGGUCAAAAUGAACGAUAA